AUGUACGUGCGUAGCAUCCUCGAGUCUCACGCGUCUUCCAUGAGCUCAAGGACAAGACACUCAACCAGUAAUCUGCAUCUUUGGCAAGAUAUCAAGAAUAGCAGUAGUAGCGCCAUGAAGAAAAUCGAACGAGUAUCAAGAAGAUGUCAAAAUGAUAAAGACAUGGGCAAGAUGCAACAACAUAGCACAAGUCAAACAGCAGCAGCAACGGGAUUAUCAGACCGUACGAAGAGCAGGGAUGAAGUUGACUCAGGUUCACUCGCGUACAUGGCGCAUUUUACACCGAAUGGAGAUACAGCGCAGGAUGAAUAUCAUGUGGAUAUUGGCAUUCGAAAUCACUCGCAACUUACAGCAGCAGGUUUAGGACUUAGCAGCGAUUCUAGCCAAGGGAUAUAUAAUAAAGAGAUGAAUGACGGGUCGUUUAUCCCUAGCUCGGUGAGUGACGAAGAGGACAGAAAUAAAAAAGGGCUACAAAGACGCAUGAAAAUUGGGGCCAUGCGUGCUACAGCGAUUGAUAAAACCCAGGACCGAGCAAGAGCUCGCAAAAAGAUGUGCUUCUUUGUUGCGUGCAUUGGCAUCACGCUGACGGCUUUCGUAGUGGCAGCAAUACUAAUUGCUCGUGUGGGCGUAAAAUUUCAGAGCAACUCGCUUGUCAGUAGCACGAACACAACGUUGAGCAGUAGCGGAAGUGGAAGCGUAAAGGAGUCAUCCGGCGGCAUAGGGCUGGAUUCAGAAGUGAGCUCAAUCGAUUCUGGCGCAACAGUGCUUGACGGUUCUGCAUUACCAGCCGGUUCAGGAGAUGAUGCAUCUUUAUCUACACGAAACGAUGACACCAAUUUGUUUAGCAACACGUACACGUAUGUUCACUGCAUUUUAAUGGUGCUGUCACUGUGGGUAUCUCUCGUCGUUGUGAUCAUGCACGUAACUUUCCAAAGCUUCCGAACGUAUUCGCACCCAUUCGUGUUGGAAUUGAAUUGUGUACAGUGUGGGUACUGGAUCACAUCUCUGCUCCGUGUGAUGCUGGAAACGGUAGCGUUGUCGAACAUGACUUAUCUUUUCUUCUGUAUGUUCGAGUGUUUUUUCAAUUUCGCACAAAUAUCGUUCACGUGCGCCAUUGCAUUCAACAUGUAUCGAUCUGUGGUGUCAUACGCAGACGUAUUGAUGGACUCUCAGAGUGCCAAACGCCGAUAUCACCGGUACACAAUAAAUGUGUUAUCUCUCUCGAUAAUGGCAGCAGUGACGCUGGCGUUAGUGGGUGACCGGUUUAAGGACACGUACAAUAACUUUGAAGAGGACGAAAAAUUGCCACUGGCUUCGCUACAAGAAACCGAAGAGGAAAUUCUGGACGACGAGAUCUUUUCACCGUGCCUCUACCCGACUUGUCGGCUCAUCCUGUACGUCUACUAUCCGUUGCUGGCUUUCGGCUUCAACUUCAUCUUUUACUUGCGCUUCAAACGUACAAUUGGCAAAUCGUAUCCGACAUCAGCUACUGGCAGAUUAAAUAAGGUAGCGCGAUCUUACCUGAUCGUCUUCUUUGUAUGCUGGGGUAAUCUUAUUGUUCUGACAGUGCUAAAGGUUGUGGACUCGGAGAAUAUUCCUACCAUUGCAUCAUUCAUGAUGCAGUCGAUUUUUGACAUCUCGAGUGUGUGCACUGCUGCGAUUACCUGUACGAACUUCCACCGAUGUAGGAAGGCGUUUGAUUUUGGAUUAUCGCUAAAAGCCAUUGAUCCGAAUAGUAUCGAGUUUGACGACCCGGUAAACAUUGUUGGUGAAGGCACGUUUGCCAUUGUGCUAAAGGCAAGGUGGCGACAAGGAGGACACAUCGACGACGCUGCCUCGCGGUCGAUUGAGGUGGCUGUGAAGACAUUCAAGCAGGCACAGAUGGAAUGCUUGGAGCAUAUUAAGGAGGAAGCGUACCUGUCGUCAAGGUUGGUGCACCCAUGUGUAAUGAUGACCUAUGGUUGUUACACUAGCGGCAUUAAUCUCUACAUUGUGUACGAAUAUCUUGGUGGAGGUACGCUUCAAGACGUGAUUGAUGCCAACCAAAAUACGCCACUUUCGUACGAGCGAGGGUUGCGUUAUGCGCACAUGAUUGCUGUGGGUAUGCGCUUUUUGCAUGGUCUACCGGUGCCUAUUAUCCACCGUGAUCUCAAGCCGCUGAAUUGCAUUUUUGACUCAGAACAGGAAAUGCUCAAGGUUGCAGAUUUUGGUGAAUCUCGGUUACUGCGUACUCGCGAUGUCACGGCUUCGCGGCCUAACUUUUUCCCGUCGGCCGACGUUACAGUUCAAAUGACGACCAACAUUGGAAGUGCGUGCUGGGCUGCGCCAGAGGUGCUAAAAGACGAAGCCACGGCUGCUUAUUCUGUAAAGAUUGAUGUCUACAGCUUCGGUAUUAUUUGCUGGCAGCUGUAUACGUGUGCUGUGCCCUAUGCCGACAUUCCUGGAAGUGUGCUUGCAGUGGCUGAGGCAGUGCUAAAUGGAGUGCGGCCGGCAAUUACGCGAGAAUGCCCUCGAGUAUUUGCUAGAAUUAUGAAGCGCUGCUGGCACGAUAAUCCAUUACGACGUCCAAGCUUCGAGGAAAUCGUGCAGUUGCUGGAGUUCGAGCUUACGGAGGAACGGCGUCGACAGCGGGUGCAUGUCCAUGGCAGGAACGAUGACUCGGUUAUCGCACCACCCACUCUUGACAAUAGAAACUUUGACGAUACAGUUAUACGCAGAGAAUGUAAUAUAGCGGUAGUGGACGAUGAAGAGCGUGUGGAUAGAGAAGUGUGCUCGCCUCUAUCAAUAAAACAACAAAGGUAG